CUCCCCCACCCGCCCCCCGUGACGGCCAAGAUGGCGGCGCGAGGAGGCGGCGCGGAGGGGAGGGGGGAUCCCGCCUGAGACGCCCACACGGCGGGGAGGCGGCGAAGGCGAGUGCGGGCUCCGCUAAGAUGAGAUAAGGGCGCGGGGACCGGGCGCGCUCCCCCCUCUUUACCCCCUUCGCCCUCCCGCUCCUCGGCGCCGGGGGCGGGCGCCGCCGGCGGCCGUUCCCCGCUGCCCCGGGGAGCGCGGCCCCCGCCCGAGGGAAUGAAACUUUAACAAGAAGUCUAUGUUAAAGCCUGGCUGACAGCAAGAGAGGCAAAGUGUAGAAGCAAUGCCCUGAUGAAAAGUUAUAACAUCUUGUAAUGGAAGAUGGAAGACAAAGGGGCUCGUGUUGCUGACUACUUUGUUGUCGCGGGAUUAACGGAUAUUUCGAAACCACUAGAGGAAGAAAUCCACUUCAAUGAUGCUUGCCAUAAAAUCGCUAAACCAAAAGAACCUAUUACAGAUGUAACAGUACUUAAUAAAUCUCUGGGGGAGGAAGUUCCUCAGGGAUAUAAAUGCAUAGAUGUUACUCCCUCAGGACUGUCUGCAGAUCUCAAUAAUGGCAGUCUUGUAGGACCACAAAUAUACCUGUGUUAUCGUCGAGGAAGGGAUAAGCCCCCACUUACUGAUUUGGGGGUUUUAUAUGAUGGGAAAGAAAGAGUAAAGCAAGGUUGUGAAAUAAUUCAAACUACUCCAUAUGGUCGGCCUGCUAAUAUUAGUGGCAGUGCUUCAUCACAGAGAGUGUACAUCACUUACCGAAGAGCAUCUGAAAACAUGACACAAAACACCUUGGCUGUUACGGAUAUAUGUAUAAUCAUACCAAGUAAAGGAGAGACCCCUCCACAUACGUUCUGCAAGGUUGACAAGAAUCUUAAUAAUAGUAUGUGGGGAUCAGCAGUGUAUUUAUGUUAUAAAAAGUCUGUGGCAAAAACCAACACCAUAUCGUAUAAAGCUGGUUUGAUAUGCAGGUAUCCUGAAGAAGAUUAUGAAUCAUUCCCAUUACCAGAAUCUGUGCCUCUUUUUUGUCUGCCUAUGGGUGCAACUAUUGAAUGUUGGCCGUCUAACAGUAAAUACCCUCUCCCAGUUUUUUCGACGUUUGUACUAACUGGAGCUUCUGCAGAAAAGGUGUAUGGUGCUGCUAUUCAGUUUUAUGAACUGUAUCCUGAAGAGAAUCUCUCAGAGAAACAAAAAUCUCAACUGGGAUUAGCAGCUGCUGUUGAAGGAAAGUCAGACACAUGCAGAACAGUUCAAACAAAUAAAUGCAUCUGUCUUCUCUCUCACUGGCCUUUCUUUGAUGCUUUCAAGAAGUUUCUUACCUUUCUGUAUCGUUACUCCAUUUCUGGCCCACAUGUCCUACCCAUUGAGAAACACAUUUCCCAUUUCAUGCAUAAAGUUCCGUUUCCAUCCCCUCAGAGGCCAAGAAUUCUAGUUCAGCUAUCUCCACACGAUAACCUGAUUCUUAGUCAACCUGUGUCAUCACCCCUUCCACUGAGUGGGGGCAAGUUUUCUACACUACUUCAAAAUUUAGGACCUGAAAAUGCAGUAACUCUACUUGUAUUUGCUGUGACGGAACAUAAAAUUCUCAUCCAUUCAUUGCGACCUUCUGUCCUUACUAGUGUGACAGAGGCAUUAGUCUCUAUGAUAUUUCCUUUCCACUGGCCUUGCCCGUAUAUUCCUCUCUGUCCCUUGGCACUGGCAGAUGUGCUAAGUGCACCAUGCCCAUUCAUAGUGGGAAUUGAUUCAAGAUACUUUGAUCUCUAUGACCCUCCACCAGAUGUUAGCUGCGUUGACCUAGAUACCAAUACAAUUUCUCAAACUGGAGAUAAGAAAGCUAUUGCAUGGAAGAUACUACCAAAGAAACCUUGUAAACAUCUGAUGAACACUUUAAGUAAUUUAUAUCAGCAACUGGCAGAAUUGCAACAGCGACCUAGAGAAGAUGCAUUAAUGGAAUUAGCAAUGAAUGACUAUGAUUUUAAUUCUGGGAAGAAAUUGCAUCUGUUAGAUUUGGAGAUCCAAGAAGCGUUUCUGUGUUUCAUGGCCUCAAUACUAAAAGGUUACAGGUCUUAUCUCAGGCCAAUAACCGAGGCACCCUCUGAAACAGCCACAGAUGCAAGUUCUCUGUUUGAACUACAAGGUUUCCUCAAAAGUCGAGAUCGUUCACAUCAGAAGUUCUACACCCUGAUGACCAAAACUCAAAUGUUUAUUCGCUUCAUUGAAGAGUGUUCUUUUGUCAGUGAUAAGGAUGCAAGCCUUGCAUUUUUUGAUGACUGCGUAGAUAAAGUAGAUACAGACAAAACUGGGGAAACACGACUUAUUGAGCUGGAUGAGUCAUACAAGAGUGAGCAUACAGUUUUCAUAACACCACCUGAGAUCCCUCAUCUGCCAAAUGGUGAAGAGCACCCUCUACAAUACAGCUAUAAUGGAUUUCCAGUAUUAAAACUAGAUUUGUUUGAGCGACCUGAAGGAUUUCUCACAGCACCAAAUAACAAACUGUCUUCCAAAGCCAGUAGCCCCAACAGUCCAUCGCCAAUGUUCAGAAGAACUAAGCAGGAAAUUAAAUCUGCACAUAAAAUUGCUAAGAAGUACUCGUCCAUACCACAGAUGUGGUCCAGGUGUUUGUUACGUCACUGCUAUGGUCUUUGGUUCAUUUGCCUUCCUGCAUACGUCAAAGUGUGCCAUUCAAAAGUCAGGGCUCUGAGAACUGCGUAUGAUGUGCUACAAAAAAUGCAUACCAAAAAAAUAGAUCCACCUGAUGAGGUAUGCUACCGAGUACUCAUGCAACUGUGUGGACAGUACGGUCAGCCUGUACUAGCAGUGAGAGUGCUUUUUGAAAUGCAGAAAGCUGGUGUUGACCCUAAUGCCAUUACUUAUGGCUACUACAAUAAGGCUGUUUUGGAAAGUACCUGGCCUUCAAGCAAUCGAGGUGGCUAUUUCCUAUGGAUGAAAAUACGAAAUGUUGUUUUAGGAAUAGCACAGUUUAAAAAAGCAUUGAAAAAGCUGCCAGCAAGCACUUCACAUACAGCCAUUCCUGGGGGACUUUCAGACUUUGGCAAUAACACAUCAUUUAAGGAAGAAGCCAAGCAAGAGAAAACUUGUCUUCAAGAUAUACAAGAACAAAAAGAGGACAAGAGAGAAAGUGACUCCAGUUCUCUUUCUGAAGUGGAGAGCGCAAAAGGGAGCGGUGACUGUCUACCUAAACUAAAUUAUCAGAACUCAAGUAAUGCCAAAGCCACUUCUAGCAUAGUGCGGCUCAAUGGUACGGUUGACAAUACCGUCGCAGAAGCUAGCACAGAGAGCUCUGUAGGAUUGCUGUUUACAUCAUCUUUUGAGGAUGCCAGUGAAGUGGAACUUAUAAAAAGUAAAUCUUUAAGAAAGAGACAUAAAAGCGCAGUAGAACCUGACUUAAGGGAGAUACAAUGGGAAAGCAGGAACCGUAACCUGAGUGGAGAUGGCUUAGUGGGACUCAUGAUAAACAGAAUAAACCAGGAAGCAAACCCUGGGGAAAUUGUUGAAAAACUAGGAGCUGAUGCCAAAAUCCUAUCUAGUGCAUUACAGAAAAGCAUAAGGCCAAAAACUCUUAAUAUCAGAGCUUCCUCGUUAGAAUCUAAGAGAGAAAGCCUGGAGAAAGAAUCUAGUGAUGAAGAUGUAGCUUUUGAUUGCAGUUUUACAGAUAAAACAGAGUCUCCUGUUAUCUUUGAUCUGGAAGACUUGGAUGCAGAACCUGAAACAUCUACAGCAGUGAAAUCCUCCAGUGAGAAAUCUAGAAGGUUGCAAAGAAAGAGCAGCUUUCCAGUAAAGCCAGUUGAAAAGACAGAUGUUGAAACUGGAUUUGAUCCACUGUCUCUGCUGGUUGCUGAGACAGAACAGCAGAAAGAGGAUGAGGAGGAGGAUGAUGACAGAAGUGUUUCCACUCCAUCUGCAAGACGAGAUUUAGCUGAAGAAAUAGUCAUGUACAUGAACAAUAUGAGCAGCCCUUUGUCAAGUCGUGCCCCAAGCAUUGAGUUGCAGAAACCUUAUGAUGACAGAAAUGCUAAUAAAAAGAGCCCAACAGUAAUCCAGCCUUGUAGGAGGUCCAGCCUGCCCCCGAACUCCCCAAGGCCAUCCCGUCUUACCAAAUCCAAGAGUUAUCAUGCAAAAAAUGAAGAAAGGCCAAGAGACAGGCUUUGGUCCUCCCCGGCUUAUUCUCCAAACAGUCCAGCAAAGGAACAGCCACAGGAUGCAACUAGUGCAUUAACACUUGUCUCUUCACCGUCAUUCAACUUGGAUACGCUGUUAACACCUAAGUUUGAUGUUCUAAAAAGCAGCAUGUUUUCUGCUGGAAAAGGGGUUGCAGAGAAAGCUAGCAAGUGGUACUCAAAAUUUACAAUGUAUGCUGCAUCCUCAAAGGAUCAAAAUUCAGACCGAGCAAGUGUUUCAUCUCUUGGAGCUCUGGACUCAGAAUCUACUUCUCUAACUGAUGAAGAUGUCUGCAAUGAUUUUGAAAGUGCUUCUCCUCAAGAGAAUACCACGUCAGAAAUUAAGGGAAUUGGCCUCAGCAGGACAAGCCUAGAAAGCUCAGCUUCCCAUGAUGGCUCAUCAAAACAAUUUGAGCAGUGUGGUUCUCUUUCAAAGUUCCCUUUACCUGACAAAUCGGAGUUGAUAUCAUCUUGCAGUACAAGUAGUACCAGUGUGUUUCAGAACUAUGCUAUGGAGGUCCUCAUCUCAAGCUGUUCACGAUGUCGAACUUGUGACUGUUUGGUUCAUGAUGAAGAAAUCAUGGCAGGUUGGACAGCAGAUGAUUCAAAUCUCAAUACCACGUGUCCGUUCUGUGGCAAUUUAUUUCUGCCUUUUUUAAGCAUAGAAAUCAGAGAUCUUCGGCGACCUGGACGUUAUUUUCUGAAGUCCAGCCCUUCUACAGAAAACAUGCAGUUCCCAUCACUUUUUUCCAGUCAGAGUGGGAAGUCCUGUAACACUGCAGCUACUGUUGGCCUUGCUACAUCUCUAAUGUCCGUUCAAGAGGAUAUAAAUUCAAACAGCAAAUCUAAGCAGCAUGACAAUAUUUGUGCCAGAAGUAUCCAGAUCCCCUCAGGAAGAAGACAAAAUACCUCUGGGUCAGAAUGUACAAGUCACCCUGUAGCAAGGAGUAUCAGUACUUUUGGUCCGUUGGCAGAAGAUGAGAAGGAAAACCAGAAGAUCAGCCAUAUCAUUCCUACUGGUAGCCUGCCUGCUACUUUACAAGGACCAACAGAUUCCUUGGGCCUAGAAUGGCGCUUACCUAGUCCUGAUCCUAUAACGGUUCCUUAUCUCAGUCCUCUCGUGGUCUGGAAAGAGCUUGAGAGUUUACUUGAAAAUGAAGGGGAUCAUGCAAUAACGGUGGCAGACUUUGUAGAUCAUCAUCCCAUUGUGUUCUGGAAUUUGGUGUGGUAUUUCAGACGCUUGGACUUGCCCAGCAAUUUACCAGGAUUAAUACUUUCUUCUGAGCACUGUAAUAAAAACUCCAAGAUUCCACGAAACUGUAUGUCAGAGGACAGUAAAUAUGUUCUCAUUCAGAUGCUGUGGGACAAUAUGAAAUUGCAUCAGGAUCCAAGGCAGCCUCUAUAUAUUUUGUGGAAUGCUCAGAGUCAAAAUCGCACUCUUUUGUUUGAGACCCAGAAGUACCCAAUGGUCCAUUUAUUGCAAAAAGAUGAUGACUCUUUUAACCAGGAGCUCUUGAGAAGUAUGGUGAAAAGCAUUAAGAUGAAUGAUGUGUACGGACCAAUGAGUCAAAUAUUGGAGAGACUGAACAAAUGGCCACAUAUUAAAAGACAGCGGAGCCUUUAUAGGGAAAUACUAUUUCUUUCACUUGUUGCCCUAGGAAGAGAUAACAUUGAUAUAGAUGCUUUUGACAGAGAGUACAAAAUGGCUUAUGAUCGUCUCACAGCUAAUCAAGUGAAGAAUACUCAUAAUUGUGAUAGACCACCAAGUACUGGAGUGAUGGAAUGCCGAAAGAUUUUUGGAGAACCAUAUCUUUAAAUAUACCUAGAUAUAGAGGUGAUACCUAUGACGUAUACCUGUGUAAAAUAACCACUUCAGUCACAAGGAACAUCUCAGUCUUCAGUGUUCAAGAACAUAUGUAUGAACAUACUGUGGUGGAAGGCCUUGGAAAAACUAGGCCUGUCUGCAGUUGUGGAAACGGGCAGAGUGAGAAAUGGGCCAAAUAUUAUUUCCCUUGUCCUUUCUGCAAAUCAGUGUGUAGAAAGGAAGAUUCUAAACAAAAUCAGUUCUCUAACUUGGGACAAUAUAUUAUAGUUCCCUUCUUAAAAAAAAAAAAAAAAUAAUAACAGGUGGACAGAAACAAUGCACUGAAACUAAUGUGAGCGAAGUAAAUUCUUCAAAAUCUAUUGUUUACAUAGAAUAUUCAUGAUGUUAUGAAGAGCAUACAAAGUUGUAUUAUACAUAUUUUAAAUUGUUUAUAGUAAGUUGAUAUUUUUUUAAUUUUUUUAAAUUACUGGAGUGAAUUUUAAAUGGACUUGCUGCAUAAGCAAUACAGUGCUUAUUUUUUUUGCAGUACACUGCUAUUUAUAGUAACUCGUCCAGUUACUUUUUGAAGAGUGAUUUGUUUUUAAAGCAGAAAAUGUUAACCUUCACCUAGACAGUACCCUAGAUACAGGAUUUCUCUCAUGCACACAUGGAAAAUGUGUUACCACAGCAAUCAGAAGGAAGGUAUGGUAAGCUUCUGUAAAAACUCUUUAACGAACACACUGAUGUCUCUGUAAAACACUUCUGUAGAAACCUCCUGUUCCUCUCCUGUUCCUUUCACUCCUCACUCCCUAGUAAAGAGAAAGCAUAUUGAAGAGUCCUACAGAUUAUGUUAUGGAAUCAGUCCAUCUCAGCUGUUAGUAUUUGUUAAUGUGACCUCAUUACAGAUGUAAUACAAAGCAAAUGACAGCCUGCAAGAGGUUCUUCAUAAACAUGCAGUGUUCAGAGUCUUGGUGGAUGUGUUUGAAACACACUAAAUAUGACACGUACAUAAUGCUAAUCCAAAGCUUUUAACUAAAGUACAUACAGCAGACUUGCUACAGGGAAUAUAUAGGGAAUGUAACUUAUUGGGGCAUAUUGUGCAUAAUUAAAUGUACUUAGAAUGUUUGGUCUCUCUUUCACAGGCAAAACUAACUUUUCUUUUUUUCUGUGAAGAAAAGCGCUAUGUCAGUCCUUGUGGUGGAGUCAUGGCUUUUCACUCAUGUUUUCUUGUUCUAGAGAUUUAAAAAAAUGUUCUGUGCUUUCAGUCACAUAGCAACUCCUCACCAGAAGGUAGGCUACAGAGAAAAUAUCAGAAGUCUUGUUAUGGAGGUGGGAAAACAGACAUUGAAUUGUAUAGAACACCCUAAACCAGUUAAACCAUGCUUUAACAAACAGCUUUAUUUUAAGUAAUGUUAAUGUGUUUCCAAUUCUAAUUUCUUUUAGUUGUUGCUGUUACAAUACUUCUAAAUAUUCAGCUGUUAAAUUAGAUUUUAUAUUUUGGUCUGCCUACCAGCAGAUAUUUUUAAAAAUCUGUUUAGUUUGCAAGUGUAAUAAUACAGCAAUAUUUAGUUAGGCAGAAAGGAGAUAAACUUUUUAAAGCUCACAUUUACUUUAUUAAAUGAAAUAGUGAGCCUCUUAAAGGCUUAGAUGAGAAGCGAUGCUGCUAUGAAGCUCUAUGUAACCUCCUCCCAGACCUCUGUAAAGUAGUAAGAAGGUGCUGCCCUAAGGAGAAAGGAUUUAAAAUUUUUAGAGCUGCGGGUAUGUGCUGAUGAUAAUUCCAAGAUGCAGUCUUGUUGGAUACAGCUUUCAUUGGGUAAUACCUCUUCUCUAAUUUGCUGCUAAUUAUGUAGCUGACCUUUUUGAAAGCAUCCUACACACACCCUGAGGUGAAGCUAGCAAUGCUACACUUACCAACAUUUUUCACAUUUAAUUUAUUUUAACAUUUUGUGAUGCUUUCUUUUGUACUGCCACGCUUGUAAAGUAUUCUUCAUGCAUGAAAUAUAGCUACUUUUUUCACCCAAGUAUGUGGUAAGCAGUGUGUCGGUGUAGGGUGGAUACAUACCCCCUUCAUCCUUCUGAGCUAUUGUGAAAACACCACGUUAUUUUUUAACAUACUCAUUGUAAGUACCUAUUAGUGUGCGUGUAUGGCUCUGUACAGUAGGUACGCUGUAUUUACCAAGUAAAAGUUGCAUACAGUAGUUGCUGUGUGUAUAAACUCACACAUGUUUGCACCGUGUACAAGGUAGUGAUGCGAGCUCUUUGCAGUUCUGUUGCCCAUGCCAUUUCCCACUUGGGGCAGCCACUGUUUUAUAGGACCUUCAAGCCGUGAAGGAGGGCAAGUGCUUUUUCCAGAGCUGCUGUGGUGUGUUAGAGGUACUGAGCUAUGAAGGAAGCUUCACGCUUCCUAUUUUAGUCUGGCUGAAGCGACUGAGCCUGGUCUCUAACCACCCCUCACUUACUAGGACGUAACACUGCAUCUGCGUGUGCUAGCACAGGAAGAGAUGCACCACUUGUAACACGUGGCCCACUUUCUCCAUCCUAGUCCCAGCUUUGUUAUAAGUACUUCCAGCUGUCUUUGGACUUACAAAGCCAACAGGUUUGCCACUUCAUUCAGAUAUCCCAACAGUCCUGCCAGUAUUUCAGAGGAGUAUAUAGUGUACCAUGGAAAGGAUUGUAUAUGCAUCCUUCAGACAAACAAUUUCCCUGUGUCCUUGCAUCCUCAGAGUGGCGCUCCUGAAGCAUUGCUGGCGUUUAUUUGGGUGUGCUUUUAAAUUACUGUAUCAUGUAGUAGUUCAUCAAGUGAAAUCAUUAUACCUAAUGAAUUGUUUCAUAAAGUCUGUUGCAAGUCAGUCCACUGUAGAAGUACUAUAAUAAAAUAUAGUUGGAAUAGUGAUAUACUUCAAGUGGGAAAUUUUUCCUCAUUCAAGUCAUAAUGUUCAAAACGUAGGUCCUGAGGUGGAUAAUUUUUAAGCGUCAUACAAUUCAGUGUUGAAACAGUUUUCAAAUCUCACUGUCCUUUAUUAGAAAAGCAAUUUGACUAUAUUUUCCAGUACCACAAAGAUGGAUAAAUGAAAUAUUUGAGACGUAUUUUCAAUUUAAAAUUUUGUAUGAACUGAAUUUUCUCCUUUUGUGUACUAAAUAAUGCUUACGUCAAAAACCUUAAACAAAGGUUUUACAUUUGCAGUGCAAUAUAUAUUUUGCUUUAUGUAUGGUUCCACUGGAAUAAUUAUUGGAGAUGAAAUACUUAAAUGUGAAUAGAAAUUGUGCUGUUUCUCUGACACUGCUAACUGUUUCCCAUUUUGAGAAGGUUUGCUGUUGGUACAGUUACAGCCUGAUGAAUUAGACCUCCACUGGCAAAUUAAAUGAUUUGUAACCCGAGAAAGAGAAAAUUCCUGCAUGUAAAAUCUUUGUAUAACAAACGGGAGAUGCAAAUAGUAAUAGAGAGGGGUAUUUCUGGAUAUUAUCUCACUGGGAUUUAAAAAUGGUACUUCGUUAGUCUGCAAGCAGCACUUUUUAAAUGAAUGGUUGUAGAUUUGUAAAUAUGUAAUGUUUAAAUUUUAUUUACCAAAAACCAGUAUGUUGGAUGUUUGCUUUGGUUUGUAGUUCCUUCAAAAUAUGCAAAGUCAGUGUUCACAAUGUUAAGGUUUUUUUCUGUCUCAUCCGAAAAAAGAAGUUUUACAGUGAGUCAAUAAAAAGCUUAAAACCUA